UCAAACACAUGCGGUUUUGAUUCAUGAAUUCAUUGUUUCUUUAUUUGUGUCACACUUUUGUUUAUUUUUCUCUUCCUCUCUGAUCUUUCUCAUGUUUGUCUUCGUCUGCACCUGCAAAUCUGAGCUGAUAAUUUUUGUUAGUUUUAACUGAGAAGAAUAAUUCACUCAUGUUCACCAUCCAUCUGCUCCACAUGAAAACAAUGUAAAUUAUUCCAAGGUCGAACUCGACUAGUGUAGAUAAAUCUCUGCUUUCCCAGGCUGCUACAAACAACAGUGAUUCUGUUCCCUCCCGAGCAUCUACAGUGAACCUCCAGCGGCCGUCACAGAAACACGUCCAGUCGUCAGCAGUCAUGAGUCUGCUCUUCAGCGUGAUGGUCGUGCUGCUCACGUUUCCUCUCGGGAAGACGUUUGUUCUCCAUCAUUCACCCGAGACAUCUGCCAUCAAAUCCAACAGAGGAGAUCUGAACAUCAGGAAAAUCCUUCUGGAAUCUUUUGAUCUUCAGCAGGAGCCCCGUGUGUCCGUUUCGGGGAUGAAUCGUCUGCGUGACCAAUGGAAAACCACUUUCAAAACCACCAUUCAGUCCACCGCAGGUAAUUCAUCAUGGCUGGAAGUUUCUGGAAACACGACAGAACAGAAGUGCUGCACACAUUCCUCACAGGUGUUCAUUAAAGAUUUGGGUUGGGAGCGCUGGAUCAUUUAUCCGGAGAGUUUCACCUUCACUCAGUGUAAAUCCUGUUCUCACAGCACGGAUCCGUCCGCACAGUGCUGUAAGCCGAACACUCACAACAUCGUCCCAUUCGUCUACGUGGAUGAACGGAGCAGUUUGGUUCUGUCCUCUGUGAGUCUGACCCGCACAUGUGGCUGCGACCCCGGAGAGGACACACAGGACCCUGAGGUCAUGACCCCUUCCUAAAAACCUCCCGGCUGCUUCAUAGGUCAUGUCCAGUCCAGUUGAUAAAGUUAAAAGCUUGUAGGAUUUGUAGGUUAAAUUGCUUUGCAAACUCAUUUUGGCUGAAAUACUCGAGGUUUAUGAAAAUGUCUUUAUAUUUCACUCUUGCUGCUGUUGGGAGGUCAGACAUAGACACGUUAUGAACACAAAUUCUUGAGUUUUGUGGGUUUUAGGGGUGUGUUCGAAAAUGAAGUGGAAAAAUACAAUAUGAAAGUUCUCAGAAGACAUAAAGUUCUCGAUCUAAGCCAGUUUUUCUUUUAUUGAAGUGCACAGUGUACCGUCUGUUACAAAUCAAUUCAAGGCCGCAUGUCUCUGUUGAGUCCAGAGCUGUUUUUAGGUUUAAUGGUGCUGCGGUUUCAGUCUGGCCUGAUUUCACUCGUGUGUUCCAUAAAAACUAGGAAUGCUGCCAAAACUUUCCCCAGCGUGAUUCUGUCCUCUGAGCAGCAAAUUAAAGCUUCAUUUGCCCUAAAUUUCAUUUGGUCUUUUAAAUGCAGUUCGUAUGUCAGUCAUACUUCUCAUGUGGACAAAUCUAAAAGGAUCAUGCCAGUAAAAGAUGAUUAGCAGGUUAGUUUGUUGCUUGUUCGUUCAUGUGCACAUGCCUCUGUGUGUGUUUUGAUGAUAAGAAUGGAGCGGGACAUCCAGGGUGAACAUUCAAAAUCAACUGAAUCAUUUGAUGACCUCUGUUGACCUUGAUUCUUCAUUUUCAAAACAGAUUCAUUCUUAAUCACAUCACGGCCAGUGUGCAUCAGUACCAAGUCAGUAUUUUAUCAUUUUCAUGUUUCAUGAUUUUAUUUUUUGUUCGUCCAGAAUCUCUUCUGUAAAUGGUUUCAAAUUCCACACAUAAUUUUAUUAGAAAACCUUCAUAUGUCAAGCAGGAAUGUGAAUGGCAAACUAACACUCAAAUGCAUGUUUUUAUCUUAGCCGGUAUGUAACAAAAAUCAUUGUAUAUCCAGUGUAUCUGUAUAAUGUCCUAUUAAAGAAAGCUUUCAUAAAAUGAACAUGUUUAUCAUUUCCUUCUUUAAAAAGUUACAGUGGUGUCAGGACAUCAACAUGUUUUCUUAUGGCAGGCCGAUUUAGCCGAAACUGCUCACAGCGUUACUCGUCGUUACUCGUCGUUACU